AUGCGGGGCUUUUACUUAUCCCUGUGGUACACAGCGUUAGGGUCCUGCAUAAAAAAUGUCUGCGCUGUCACUGUUGAUCUGUGUGGCGGCCCCUCCCGUGAACUCAGAUGCGCCAAUUUUCAACAAGUUUUUACUAACUAUACCGCUACCCUUAUACUGGACACUGUAGAAGCGAGCACCAAGUUGGAAUGUACCGGAAAAUGUGGAGAAACUGAAGGUUGCGCGGCAGUUGUAUUCAAGAACCAAGAUCACAUGUGCCAUAUGCUCCCUGAACCCCAAAAUGUCUCGCAGUUUUCCUCCACUUCCCCAACUGGGAUAUGGAUGGCCAAUGUUAGGGACAUCUCGCCCAGAAAUGGAUAUGAAGAAGUAUGUUCUACUGUGAAGUGCAGUGCGGGGUCUCGAUGUCGGGUAGAUUGCACUACGGGAGAGCCGGUCUGCGUAGGGAGUUCAGCUUUCUGUGAUGAGACUCCAGUUUCCAAUAUCGUUUACGCUGGUUGGGGUGGAGGGUUUGGUGCGGUGACGGGAGGCGGACCAAAUUUCACUUACAACAAGCUACAGGACAGUACCGGAUUGAGAGUCGAAUUUAGCGGAUCAAUACGAACCGCUUUUGCUUGCAAAAGUUGUGGUUCUAUGGUCUACUUUCUUAUAAACGGUGCAAGUUGCACAAGUCCUUACAGUAUAGCAUUUACGGAACGUCACACUACGAGACGCAACAGAAUCGAACAUGGAUCACUGUCUGGCAUCUGUUGGGAUGUUCCAGCUGGCAUUGUCACCAUUCAGAUAUAUGUAAGGAACAUAAGUGGGGAUUCAGAAGCAUACCUCGGUUGGAAAGCAUUCUCCUACUUCAAAUUCGAGGAAAUAAAAGCAAAUCCUGGACAAUCGCAAUGUGAGACCCUGACACUUUUCAACAUUAAGGAAUUUGUGGUGGUAAAGGCUAUUUUCAUAAAAGAUGAAAACAUCUACAUGAGUAGUACAUACUUAAAACGGAGCUCGAACACGGCCCUGGCAGUCUACUGGACGGGAAGUCUACGUGAAGACGGAUCAAAAUGUGCCAGAUGGUACUUCACGUUCAAUGGUGCGGAGUGCUCCGAUCCCGGUACAAUAGAUGGCGCUUUGUACAUGGCAAAUGACUUGCAUAAUAUCAUUUUGAAGACUUUUGAGUUUUCUGGUGUUUGCAAAGGAAUCCCCGCAGGGGCAGUUAAUAUAUCGUUCCACUGCGGAAACUGCCCCUGGAACACAACCAAUGGUAACCCGUUGACUGGCUGGUAUGCACCAUCAAGAAUAAGGGUGGAAGAAACCCGGCUGGGUUUGGAUAUAAGUGCACUCUCAGACCAUACGGGAAAAACAGCUACUCGAAUCCCAAUCUUUAACCGGCAAUAUUGGUGGUGGCCAGCUCAAAACAUUAUUAUGAACGUUGGAACACUUUACACUGUGAUGUACAGUAAGAAGUCCGGCGCCAGUUGGUUAAAGGUACUCUGGUCUGGGAAUGCCCAAGAAAUAAAGGCCAUCAACGGCUGUUCACGAUGGUACUUCACCUUCAACGAUAACGAAUGCAGCAACCCAGGGGAAAUUGAGAGUAUAAAGUUCAAUAGAUACUAUGAAAGCGAUAAGGUCGUAUACUAUAACAGCCCAUUUACAGUUCAAGGCACUUGCCAGGGGAUAUCAGCCGGUGACGUCACUGUUGCUUUGAAAGUUGGUUCUUGUACUUAUUAUUUAGCGCAAGAGACGUUAACAUCCUGGGGAACGAAGACUUCACUUAUGAUAGAAGAAACAUUUCAUGGAUAA